GAGGCGGCCAUUUUGUGGCGCUGCGCGGUCGGUGGCGCUGGGCUCGGCGCGGAGCGGGGCCCGGGGGCGGUGUAGCGCCGUUCUUAACCCUUUUUCCCGUACAGAUCCCUCGUCUAAAAGUUGGUUUUAAUUGGUUGCCCACAGGAUUGGCUUGGCUUCUGCUACUUGUUAAGAAAAAAACAUCUGUCUUUGCAGGUGUGUGUUGUUUCAGCGCAGCAUGGCUGUGGUCAUCCGCUUGCAAGGUCUCCCGAUUGUGGCGGGGACCAUGGACAUUCGCCACUUCUUCUCUGGAUUGACCAUUCCUGAUGGGGGCGUGCAUAUUGUAGGGGGUGAACUGGGUGAGGCUUUCAUCGUUUUUGCCACUGAUGAAGAUGCAAGGCUUGGUAUGAUGCGCACAGGUGGUACAAUUAAAGGGUCAAAAGUAACACUGUUACUGAGCAGUAAAACUGAAAUGCAAAACAUGAUAGAGCUCAGCCGUAGACGUUUUGAAACUGCUAAUCUAGAUAUGCCGCCAGCAAAUGCUAGCAGGUCGGGACCACCUCCUAGUUCUGGGAUGAGUGGAAGGGUUAACUUGCCUACUACUGUACCUAACUUUAAUAAUCCUUCUCCUAGCGUAGUAACAGCUUCUACUACUGUGCAUGAGAGCAAUAAAAACAUAUCCACGUUUUCUACUGCCAGUAUGGGGACUGCACCUCCAAAUCUUGGGAGUACUUUUGGUAGCCCCACGUUUAGCUCAACUGUACCUAGUACAGCGUCCCCGAUGAACACAGUACCUCCUCCACCGAUCCCUCCUAUUCCAGCUAUGCCGUCUUUACCACCAAUGCCUUCUAUUCCUCCAAUUCCUGUUCCUCCUCCCGUACCCACACUGCCUCCUGUUCCUCCGGUUCCACCGAUACCUCCUGUGCCCCCAGUACCUCCAAUGACACCUAUACCUCCCAUAUCAGGAAUGCCUCCUUUGAAUCCUCCGCCUGUAGCACCUUUACCCACUGGAAUGAAUGGGUCUGGAGCAGCAGUGAAUAUGAACAGCGGUUUGAAUCCAUUGUUUAUUGGUCCCAUGAAUCCUGUAAAUCCUAUCCAGAUGAAUUCUCAAAGUAGUGUCAAACCAAUUCCAAUCAAUCCAGAUGAUUUGUAUGUCAGCAUUCAUGGAAUGCCCUUUUCUGCGACAGAAUCUGAUGUGAAAGAAUUUUUCCUUGGGCUCCGUGUGGAUGCGAUCCAUAUGCUGAAGGAUCAUGUAGGUCGAAAUAAUGGAAAUGGACUAGUUAAAUUUUUUUCUCCUCAAGAUACAUUUGAAGCACUGAAACGAAACAGAAUGCUGAUGAUUCAGCGAUAUGUUGAAGUUAGUCCCGCAACAGAGAGACAGUGGGUGGCUGCAGGAGGCCACAUAACGUUCAAGCAAACUAUGGGCCCCUCUGGGCAACCACACCCUCCUCCUCCACAGCCUCAUUCUAGGUCCAAAUCUCCCAGCGGACAGAAAAGGUCACGGUCACGGUCUCCCCAUGAACAGGGUUUCUGUGUUUAUUUAAAAGGUCUUCCCUUUGAAUCAGAGAACAAGCAUGUGAUAGAUUUUUUUAAAAAGCUGGAUAUAGUUGAAGACAGCAUCUAUAUAGCUUAUGGACCUAAUGGGAAGGCAAUUGGAGAGGGUUUUGUGGAGUUCAGGAAUGAAGCUGAUUACAAAGCAGCUUUGUGUCAUCAUAAGCAGUACAUAGGGAAUCGUUUUAUUCAAGUUCAUCCAAUUACUAAAAAAGCAAUGUUAGAAAAGAUAGAUCUGAUUCGUAAAAGGCUGCAGAAUUUCAACUAUGACCAGAGAGAAAUCAUCAUGAAUGCUGAGGCGGAGUCAGGCUCGCCAAAGUUGUGUGCACAUAUAUCUAAUAUUCCAUACAAUAUAACAAAAAUGGAAAUUCUUCAGUUUUUAGAGGGACUGGCAGUAGAAGAAAACUCUGUACAGAUUCUUGUUGAUAAUAACGGGCAAGGUUUAGGACAAGCACUGGUUCAGUUCAAAGCUGAAGAUGAUGCUCGUAAAGCAGAGCGUUUGCACCGUAAAAAGCUGAAUGGAAGAGAUGUUGUUUUACGUUUGAUUACUGUAGAAGAAAUGAGAGAUAUUGAGAGAAACCCACCGUCUCAAGGGAAGAAGAUCCUGAAAAUACCAAUACAAGGAAAUGCAGCUGUGCCGGGAGCGCAGCCCCCUGCUGGGGAUGAGCAUGCCUUCUUGGGAGGAAAUCCUAAAGAUGCAAACAAUGGUCCUCCAUUCAAUUUCCCUGGUAACUUUAGUGGGUCUGGCACGUUUGGUCCGCCUCUGCCACCACCUGGAAUAGGUGGCUUUCCUGAUGCUAGACCAGGAAUACCUGCGGUUGCAAGUGCUGGUUUGCCCGGUGCGGGUAUUGAGGUCCCAGGUUUUGCAGGUGGUCCUGCUAAUUUGAGUGGACCAUCGGGUUUUGGAGGGGGCCCUCAGAGUUUUGGUAACGGUCCUGGCAAUUUGAGUGGACCCCCCGGAUUUGCUGGUGGUCCUCCAGGAAUUGCUGGUAGUCUUGGGCAUUUAGGUGGGCCUCCCGCCUUUGGACCCGGACCAGGAAAUAUACAUAUUAGCGGACCCCCGGGUUUUGGAACGGGGUCUGGGAAGCCAGGACCAACCGUCAUUAAAGUGCAAAAUAUGCCCUUCACUGUUUCGGUGGAUGAAAUUUUGGAUUUCUUUUAUGGUUACCAAGUGAUCCCUGGUUCAGUGUGCUUAAAAUACAAUGAAAAAGGCAUGCCCACGGGAGAAGCGAUGGUUGCAUUUGAGUCUCGUGAUGAAGCGAUGGCAGCAGUCGUUGAUUUAAAUGACAGGCCUAUAGGCUCAAGAAAAGUAAAGCUUGUUUUAGGGUAGCUGUUAAUAUGGAGUAGUUGUAGAAUAGGUAUUCAUAGUGCUGUGAUAAAUGCAUCCGGAUUGGUUUUUAUAGUAUUUCCAGGAUAGAACCUGUGGAUUGUUUAAAUUGUAAACCAGACUUGUUUUGAUAAGACAGAGCACUGUGUUAGCCGUGACAGAAGAAACACUGCAAGGAUACAUGCGCAGUGGAUUUUCCCGUACAAGUGUGUGGAGAAGGUAGGCAGGUUAUUUUUCAUCAUAGACGUUUGGUGAGCUAUGCUGGACACAGUGCUUAUCAAGGAACCUUGGCUGGUUUUUUGUAGUUUUGGAUAAGGGAAAUAGAUGAAGUCAGUGAAGCUCUUCAGUGAGUGCUCUUGCAAGCCAUUGUAAAAUAGGUAGCUAUUCUAGAUUUGGUUAAAAGCUGGCUGAAUUUGCUUUGUUUACAGGUCAAAGCUUUGUUUAAAGUCCUGAUUUUACUCUGCAACUGAACGAAUUCUGAGUGUACACAGAUUAAUUGUUUUGUGUAUGUAUUUUUUAUUUUUUCCAAGAUUCUCACUGUAUGAACAGUUGAAUUAUGCCCAUUGCUGAUGUGUCUACCAAACUAAUUCCUAUGAGUAUGAGCAGAAUCGUUCUGUAAAAUUCAAGCUGUUCUUUGUGGAAUAACCUUUAGUUAUUUAUAUAUUGCAAUUAUAACUGUGCAGAAUAAGACUUUUGCCACGAGUAUAGCUAACCUCAAACAUUAUAUGAGUUUUAUAGUACGUUUAAAACAUUUGCAGUAGAAGUAACAACUUGAAAAUUCUCAUUAUUGUUUAAGUAGCUUGAUUUGUUAGGAUUACAUGAAUCACUUGGGAUAGGAUCUUUGACACUAGUUGGAUAUUGAUGUUGUAUUCUCAUGUCUCUUGAACUCCUUACAUAGAGUCUCUGCUAAGAGAACCAAAGCGGUGAUUAUUAGUUGAAGAUUGGAGUCCAGCUAAAGUUUUAAAUUAGUUUAUAUAUGAAAGAAGCUUUUAUCUUCAGCAACUCUGUCAUGAAUUACUGCUAUGGGUGAAUUGAGAGAUAAAAAUUUAUUUUUCUCCAAAACUUGAAAAUACUGGGUUUACUAUAUAUUUUUGCAAUAAACUUGUGCUGUUGUUGUGUUCCAAGUCUGUAAAGAGUUGCCAUUUUCUUUGCUGUACAGUAAAACCGUUUCAUGGAAAAUUGGAAAGGAAAUAAUAACACGAGUAACAAGUAUAGAAAUUUUUGGUUCAUCCUUGCUUGGCUGACGAUAAAUUUUUCAGAUUGGGACAUUGCCUGAAAAAUCCCACUCUUCCCUGCAAAUCAUUGUACUUAAACAUAGCAAUCUUUAAACUGUUUUUUUUGUUUUGCUUUGUUUUAAUUUUUGGACAAGGAAAAACAGUGCCUUUUGGUGUUGCCUAUCAUGGAACACUGAAGUGUAUGGUCAGGCAAAAUUGAGAGGUGCAAGUGGCAACAGUUUUAUUCCCGUGGUGUGUAGGAGAGCUUUGGAAACCUGUGCGGCGCUGCAUCCUGAGAGGAUUCCCCAGUACAGGAAUGUGUGGAAGGAUUGUAUAAAGGUGUACUUCAAUAAAGAGGCGGUUGCAUUACACAGAUGCUUCUGUAAUUCAUUAGCAUAAUUUUGUUUUGACAGGUUGCUAGGUGGUCCCAACUUUGGAAAAGUCAUGUGAUUUGUAUAUACUGUUUAAAAUUAAGCCUCCUGUUAAUAAAGCUGUCUGUCUCUGAAGCUUCAUGUUAUGCGUUUCAACAGUCUUUGGGAGUAAUGUUUCAAUAGCGGAUCUUUGUUUUUGUUUUUUUUUUCUCCUUGAAAGUCUGAAAGUACUCUGCUGAUGUCAGAAAGAUAAGAUGUGUGAUUAGGAGUCAAGCUUUUCAGUUUAUUUUUAAAAUUUUGCUCUUUGUUUUUUAAACAACUUUUAUUAAAGUUUCAUACUAUAUUGGAUUUAUUUGGGUUCUUGUUUCUUCAUGUUUCACAUUAGAAUAAAAUGACCGAAAAGG